AAAUGGCCGAGGCCCAGGAUGGGUAUUUGUUUCCUCGUGAGAAAUCUAUGGUGGUGAAUGGAGUGGAGGUUCCCAUCCAUCUUAUUGGAGAUGCGGCAUACCCCCUUAAACAAUGGCUAAUGAAGGGGUUCCCAAAUCACCAAAAUCUGACACUCAACCAGUCUCACUUGAACUUCUGCUUGAGUUCAGCUCGAAUGGUCGUAGGAAAUGCCUUCGGUCGCCUCAAAGGUCACUGGAGAUGUUUACUGAAGCGCAAUGAUGUCGACAUAAAUAUUGUGUCUGAUAUAGUUGUAGCUUGUUGCAUCUUGCACAAUAUUUGUGAACUCAGGAAAGAAACAUACCUGCAUGAAUGGACCACUGACCACCAGUGUGAUGUUUCAGCUGAGGCUACUGACCGAGAGAACAACAGAGUAACUGAUGACGUGCAUGCAGUUCGGAGGGCAUUGGCAACACUGAUGAGUUAAAGGAAUAGUUAACCCAAAGACUAUUUACUCAACGUCAUGUAAUUGUAAACCUGCAUGAAGUUCUUCCU